CACCAUACAAACAUGUCGGGUACGCCAAGCAAAUCUGCUCCGGCGCCAGCGGGAGGUCGCGGCAGCGGGCCUCAAGUCAAGGUGGAAGGAGGUGCCACCCGUCUAACGUCGCUGCGCUCGACAGACGCGACAGCGUCUGGAGCGGCGCGCAAACCAAAGUUUAUUCCGCGAGUUCAAAAACGGUCCCAGCCAGGCGACAGCGAGUCCGCAGCGGCGAAACCUGCAAAGCCAACAUUUCAACCGCGAGGGUCGACUUCAGGUGAAUUUGGAAGCCGCGGGGAGCGCGGAGAUCGUGGUGGGCGCGGUGGACGAGGUGGGCGUGGAUUCGAUGGCCGAGGUCGUGCAGGAGGCCGCGGUUCCAAUCGUAGCGUCAAUUUGCCCGCGCCCAAGGUUGCAUUUGUUGGCUCCAUGGCUGCCGGGUCGUCGGUGAGCUCUGGCGGGAACGUUGCCAAGGCGAAGAAGCCACAGUCGACCGAAGUGGGCAUUAGUCUGUUGGAAGACGGCAUGGAAGCGGUUCAAGUCGAGGAACUUGACGAGCCCACGCAGUGGCCUCCGGUUGUCGAGUCUCCCAUGCAACCCAUGGAACUACCGUUCGGUCGUCCGCACCGACACAAUGGCGAUGCUGGAGGCGAUGUCUUUUGCGAUGACACUGGAGCGUUCGUCGCUGCAAACGACACGUUGUUUUUUGUGCAAUUGCCCACGACGUUGCCAUAUGCCUCCCCCGCGGCGGCACCUGCGGAUGGCAAGGACGGAGCAACAGAAAUCAAGGCGCCGAAUCACGGAGCGGACGAUCUGUUUGACAAGUCGCUGUUGUCGAUGCCUGGGGGGUAUUUGGGCAAGAUCAACAUCCACAAGUCGGGCAAGGCCGUGUUGGUUUUGGGGGACAAGACGUUCGAGUUGGCCGCGGGGCAGCCGCCGGCGUGUUACGAGGAAGUGGUGUCGAUCGAUGUGAAGGACAAGCUCUUCUCGAUGCUCGGGCCCAUCGCGACGCACCUCGUGGUCACCCCCGACUUUGAAUCAUUAUUGCAAUAAUAUGAAACCGUCCGUGGAAACCGAUUACACGAG